GUCGCUCCGCAUCACUGGGCUGACACUUGGCCGUUGUUCAAUGGGCGGGAGCUCGGUACCUUCCUCAUUGCUCGCCCGGACUUCGGCUCGGCAGCUGUGCUCCGGGAGGAUGCGGAGCAGCGGGGAGGAGUGACGAGGGGAUCUGUGACCGCGCCGGGAGCGGGGCAGGGCGAGGCGAGGCGAGGGGCCCGGCAUGGCGUGGGGCCGGAGGGCCGUCAAUGCGUUGCUCCCGCUCGGCAGGAAGGUCCCGUGGGCGGGGGGGCGCAGGUGGCCGGCGGCGCGGGCACAGCUGCAAAAGGGCUCAGAAUCGUGCUUCCGCCUGAGACCAUGUACAGUGACCUUUUACAACACUCUAGUCUCAUCUGAUGAGGUGACUGUUGAAUACAAGAAUGGGUUUACAGUAAUCUCCAUCAUACUCCCCUCCAGAAAUGAGCGCUGCCAGUUUAUUGUGAAGCCACUGUUGAUGAAUGUCGGAGACUUUCUUAAGGACGUAGAGAAUGAGGAUCAAGGCAUCGACAAUAUUGCAAUCUUUUCAGAAGAUGGCACCAGAGUUUCUGCCUCCACACCAAUGACAGUUCUGCUAACAAAUAACUUUCAAUUAGUUAUUAAUGAGACAAAGUAUUUUGUAACACCACCGCAUAAAGAUCACGCAAGCAGUGAGCGGUCUGUAGAAAUGGAUGCUGUAAAAGAUUUGAUCCAUAGGCUUUAUGUGGCGUUACAUAUACAAGAUCACCAGCUGCAUAGAGAAUGGGAACUCCUGGAGAAACUGGAAAAUCUAAAUGGACAGCUACAGAUUUUCGAACAGAUAAAGUCGCAGUUAUUUCUCAAAGCUGAAGCUAAAUCCAGUCGAUUGAUGUGGACAGGUCUGGCUCUAAUGUCCACUCAAGCUGGAGCAUUAGCCUGGUUAACGUGGUGGGUCUACUCCUGGGACAUUAUGGAACCUGUCACUUACUUCAUCACAUAUGGGAGUUCUAUGGUCUUUUAUGCAUACUUUCUCCUCACACGUCAGGAUUGGGUGUAUAAUGAGAUAAGAGACAGACAGAAACUUCACUACUUUCAUCGAUGUGCCAAAAGACGUAGAUUUGAUGUGGAAAAGUACAACAAAAUCAAAGAAGAGAUAGCUGAGGUGGAAGAGGAUCUCAGACGACUGCAGAACCCUUUACAACUGCAUCUUCCAAUCGAACAGUUAAAUAGCAAAGUCUGAAAAGCCACAGCUGAUGGGGGUGUAAAUUGGGACUGUGUUUUAUGAUGUAUCCAAAAUCUGAUCACUGCUUAUUGUUCACAAACUAUUCUGUUCACAUUUUAUUUUAUUCAGCCAUUUUUUGAAGCACCACGUUUGUCAGUGAAGUGCUGUGAAACUUGAUGUGGUAUAAUCUCUGCUAUCAGUGCACACGUCAUGCAUCUGACAUGAUCCUUCAAGUUCCUCCACACUGAAAACUCACUGCUAAUUUUUUUAUAUAUGAAACACAGUGCACCAAUAAAGUAGGAACCAUGAGUCAUUUUACAGGCAUCUUCCCCGAAGUAAGCUGUAAUGAUAAUGUUUGGUCUCUCUUAGAGCAUGGUUUUAUAUUUGUUUGUUGAUGUACACCUUCAUCCCUUGCUAUCUGUCCGGCCUCACUUUGCUGAGCCCAGGUUGGAGGCAGGGAUGAUCAGUCUACACUGUAGCACUUGCUAUGGUCAGUGACACAGCUUCUCAAAUAUGGGAACAAGUAGCCACUUGAAUAAGUUUUUAAUGUUAGAUCUUAAUUACAAUGCACUGGUCCUAACUAAUAGAAAGAUUAGCAGUGUUGUAAAGUUAACAACACAGUGGCUCUGUACACUUUUUUUUUUACCAGCUGAUCGUGAAGAUGAGUGAUGAAUUAUUUUAAAAGGUAAAAGAAUUUUUUUUUAAAAGAGUCAAGUAACUACAAUAAAAGGAUAUUCAAUAAAUUUUGUUACAGAGUUAAAUGUGUAUUCUCAAGAGUCAGGUACAUGGGAAUGGCAGUCAAAGUAACUGAUAAGGUGGAGUGUGAAAAAGGAGUUUUUUUUACUCAUUUUGUUGAAACCUGAGAAACAGGAGAACCAGUUGCUGCGAUGCAAUCCUUCCACUGUGCUCAGUGAUUAUAGUUCCCAUGGGAUUUGAACACCAUGGGAUUUUAUACAGAGGAAAAGCACAGCACUGCAGAUAUUUUAAAAUGGGUGUUACAUGAAUCGUACUCUACUAUUUUGAGAAGAACUGCAGGACCUGCAGUACAUAGAACAAGAGAUGCCCUUCUGCAUUGCUUUUUUUUUGUUUUCUAUGUAACUUAAAGUCUGAAGUGGAUCUAUCAUUGGUUAAAGGCAAAAAUAAUGAAGCAAGUCCAUUGUAAGAGUAUUGUCUUGCUUUUUCCAGGAUUGAACUCUACUGACAACUUGAUACCAUUCUUCAGCACUGGUGCCAAAGAUAGCACUUAAGGACUAUUAUUUAUUAAAUAUUGCCAUUACUCAUAAUGGUCAUGACAUCAUUCUUCAUGUCAUAUAUGAAAUAAUGAGAAAGCACUUCAUAAAUUUUCAUGUUUAAAAUGAUUCUGUUUUCCCCUUUGGUUAUGAAAAAAUUGGUCUUGGAAUUUUUUAUAAUUUAAUUUAGUAAUUUCAGGGCAAGUACUGCAUCUGUUCAUUGCCAAGCUCCCGGAAAGUGCCAAGUUUGAUCAUAUUUUCUUUUUGUUGCUGUAACUUGUUACUGGUUUCUUUAAGCCUUGCCUUAGCUUGGUAACCGGGAAGUUGUAUUCCUAUUUGUUUGUUGUCUGCCUCCCUAGCUGUGCGCCUGACGUGUACUCACCACUAUUAAUUGUUCUAUUUUCCUUAUAUUUAAACCAGCUUCUAUUUUAAAGAUAUGUGUGCUUGUUAUUAUUAGACAUGGAUGGCUGUAUCUCUUUUCCACUCAGUAUAAGGAGCUGCUAUCUCAUUCUUUCGGAGACCUGACCUUUACAUUUUAAGCAACUUUCACCAAACUAGGCUUUGUUAUGUUUGCUGCCAAUAGUUAAAGGCAUACUUUCAUACUUUCUUUCAUUUCUAUGGAAAAUUAACAUCAAUAGAGCAUUAGUAGGGGAAAGUGGGUUUUGGCUUUUUGCUGUCAAUCAGGUAUACGUUUUUUUUUAAAAUAAAAAGCUCAUCUGCCUCAGAAAUACAAAUAAUCAUUUAAAAAAAAAUAAAACAUCAGUUCUAUUGUUUCAUGAUUAUGGCAGUUAGUCAUGAGGAAAUACAUAGUUAUUGUUUGAUACAUAAAUAUUAAAGUUUAUCAUUUUCAUAAUGCAGUGAAAUCAGGGUUAGAGUGAUUUCAGUACUGUAUUGGUGUAAAUAGAAGGAAAGAGUUAUGCCUUCCAAAUGAUUCAGCACUCUGCUCAAUAAAAGCUGUAAUGUUGCACUGUCA